CAGGUUGCUGUUAACUUCAACCCUCAAACAGUCACCGGGUUUUUGUGCUGUCGUCAUUGUCGUUCCUGUAGAAUUAUUGUUUCUCCUGUCUUAACCUGUAAUGGCAGUGUUGCAAACGAUGGCAUCAACUCGAGAAGUUUUUGAAAAUACCACUUUCGAACCGAUGGAAAAUGGAGACAACGAUGAAGAAGCUAUCCGUAAUAAAGAGCAAGAAAUUCUGGAACUCGGAGAGAGAUACAAGAAGGAAAAGAAAGCACAGGAAUUAGCACAGCUUAUACGAGAUGUCCGACCAUUCCUUGCCAUGAUCAGCAAAGCCAAAGCAGCUAAACUUGUACGUGGACUCGUUGAUCUGUUUCUCGACAUGGAGGCAUCAACAGGAACUGAAGUUCAACUGUGCAAGGAAUGUAUUAGCUGGGCGGUGGAGCAAAAGGGCACAUUUCUUCGUCAGAGUUUAGAAGCCAGACUGAUUGCACUGUAUUUCGACACUAAACAGUACUCAGAAGCAUUAGCUCUUGGUGCAACAUUGCUCAAAGAAUUGAAGAAAUUGGAUGACAAAUACCUUCUUGUGGAGGUUCAACUGUUGGAGUCGAAAACCUAUCAUGCGCUUGGUAAUUUGCCGAAAGCCCGUGCAGCCUUAACUUCUGCCAGGACUACAGCGAAUGCUAUCUAUUGCCCUCCGAAGCUUCAGGCCGCUCUUGACUUGCAGUCGGGAAUUUUACACGCCGCUGACGAGCGCGAUUUCAAAACCGCAUACUCUUACUUUUACGAAGCUUUUGAGGGCUAUGACAGCAUUGAUUCUCCUAAAGCUGUAACCGGACUCAAGUACAUGUUGCUCUCAAAAAUUAUACUAAACACACCAGAUGAUGUGCAGAAUAUUUUGAGUGGCAAAUUAGCUUUGCGUUAUGCCGGUCGAGAAGCUGAAGCAUUGAAAGCUAUUGCCCAGUCGGCAAUUAAGCGAUCUUUAGCCCAGUUUCAACAGGCAUUGGUAGACUACCGUGCUGAGUUGGUAGAAGACCCUAUUAUUAAAGCCCAUUUGGAGUCGUUGUACGAUACCAUGUUGGAACAGAACUUGUGUCGGAUUAUCGAGCCUUAUUCCCGCGUCCAGGUUGUACACGUCGCCAAGAUUAUUGCCCUGCCUGUCGAUCAAGUAGAAAAGAAGUUGUCGCAGAUGAUUUUAGAUCGCAAACUAUCUGGCAUUCUCGAUCAAGGUGAUGGGGUGUUGAUAAUCUUUGAACCUACCUGCACAGACUCCACGUAUGAGGCGGCAUUAGACACGAUCCAGAACCUCGGCAAAGUGGUGGAUACAUUGUACCAGAAAGCAAAGAAGCUAACAUAAGAUGUAUCAUUUAGAAGCGGAAGAAAAACAAAAUAAGCGUUUACUUAGUGUUUCAUCGCUUGUUCCGAAAAAACACCAAACUUCAACAGGGAUGUUGAAAACCGAGUAAAUAAAAAAAAACAUUUCCUACGUUAA